AACCAUUUUAUUUUUUGCCUUCCAUUUAUGGAUCUUCUUCCGAGUCUGGGACUGGCUUAGGUUUUUACGUAAAUGAGCUCACUUAAUCUUAACCAAAUCCUACAACAGGGAGGUCUUACUAUUAAUCCUACUUUUCCAAAGGAGGGAGCCAAUCUAUCUCUGCUCCAGUUGACCAGAUAGUGUGCACUGUAAAUACUUUUUCCUCUAAGAUAACAGCUCUCCAAACUUCCUGCAGUCUGUUGAGUUUUGUUUUUUUGUCCUGAGUGUCAUCUAUAUACCUGUCUUCACCUGAUUUUUGCAAACACUACUGUCAGUCAAGAUAUGUUUCCUGUCCUGGCAAGGAGAAGAAAAAUAUAAAAGGCUCUGUGUAGACAGCUAAUCACCAGUAUGGCUUACUGAGAAGAGUCAAGUGAGGGAGAUCUCUGGCCUUUUCAUCUUUCUAAAUAUCCUAGGAGCCCUUCCUUUCGAGCUGGUUGCAGAACUGAGGUUUGAAAUCGACACCCCAAGAGAGUCUGAAGUGGAUUUAAGUCCUUUAGGCCUGAAAUUAAAUAACUUGAGAUGUUCACUUUAGGAAAAAGAUAACAAAAUGGCCAUAUCACGUUGCUGGGGUCAUUGGAAAGGCUCCCUGCAAGUAAGGACUCUAAGCUUCAUUAGUUUUAGGGUAAAUCUGUACCUUGCUAUUUAGGUCCUGUCAUUUUAUGUUUGUUGUUUACCUUCUGCUAGAGUUUGGAGAUAAGAACUUUGUGAUUCACCUCUGCAAACCCCCCCCCCCCGUAUAUCUCCCCUGAAUUUAAAGACCCAAAAAAUGGGCAUCUAAAGUGAAUAAACACUUCUCAGAUGAAAAAGUAGAGGUGAUAAAUAUAUGAAAAAAUGUUCAUCACUGGUCAUUCAAAAGAUGCAAAUUAUAGAUCUGUCCUUUCUUGGCAAAAAAAAAAAAAAAAAAAAAAAAGAUGUAAAUUAAAACUGCUGAGAUUCCAUUUCCAGAAAGAAUUGGCUAUUAUCAAGAAAUUAACCAGAAACAAGGGCUAGGGAUUUGGUUCAGCAGCACAGUGCUUGCCUGGAAAGCGUGAGGUCCUGAGUUUGACUCCUGAUACCAAGCCCCUUCCCCACAAAAAAAGUGUAUUGAAUGCUAGUGUGGCUGUGGGAGAAAAGGAACCCUUCUCUCCUGUGGGUGGGAGUGUAGCUGGUGCAACCACUGUGGAAAUCAGUGUGGGGAUUCUUUAACUCGGACUAGAGGUCCCAUGAGAUCCAGCUAUUUCUCUUCCUUAGUAUCUUCCCAAAAGAAUUAAAAGGAUACUACAGCAAUGUACUUACAGCCAUGUUUAUACCACACAGUUUGUAAUAACUGAAUCUUGGAAAAAGCCCAAAUGCUCAUCAGUUGAUGAAUUAUAAAAGAUUAGUUUCCUACAAUAAAGAACUACUGUACCAUAAAGAAAGGUAAGCUGGAGAUAUUCCUAGCUAAAUGGCUGCACCUUGAGACCAUAUAUACCUGAGGUGGUAUAUAUUGCUGGUAGGAUAGGAAAAUGAUCUAACUUGUCAAGAUACAGCCACAUUAUUUUUGUAUUUACCCUUUGACUCAGUAGCCCUAGGUUAAGUCCUAGACUUCUGGGAAUAUAUAAGCAAAAAUACAGAAACACUGCACCAUGUUCUUCAUUAUAGUGUUAAUGAAUGGCAAAAUAUUAGAAAAGAUUAGAAACUGCCCUUAUGUCUAGCAAAUUGAUCACAUAACUUUUGGGGGAGUCCGUUUGAGGCAGUCUCAUUAUGCAGUUCAGGUUGACCUUGAGCUCACUUUGUAACCCAGGCUGGUUUCAAACUCACAAUAAUACUCCUGCUUCAGCCUCCUGAGUGCAGGGAUUACAGGCAGGUGCCACCAUACCCGAGAAUGGAUGUGCAGCCAUAAAAUGAUAUGGGGAAGGAUUAUCCUGGGAUUCUGGGAGGCUUAGGGCAGUAGAAUUGCCAGGUCAGAUUCCACUUGGUCAAUUUAGUGAGGCUCCAUCUCAAAAGCUUGGCAUGGUAAUGACACCUCUAACCUACUCUCAGAAGGCUGAGGUAGGAUUGCUGUGAGUUCGAGGCUGGAAUGAGACUUCAUCUUAAAAAGAACAAAAACAAGGAAACUCCCAAAAGGCUGGGGUGUAUCUCAGUAUGAAGACCCUGCGCUUAAUCCUGAGUAUGGAAAAAUGAGAUAGGGGAAGAGUUUAUAUAGGUACUAAGAAGCAUUAAUAUGACAAUUCACUUGGUCUCUCCAUAUACAUAUAUAUCACACACACACAAAAAUGUAUGCACAGUUCAACAGCUACACUAAUAAAUGUCUGGAAACUAAUGGUCACCAAUGUGAGCUCUUCUAAUUAUAAAGGCCAAAGGUAACUUGGCAACUUGUAUUAAUCUCAUGGUGUCUCAAUAAAUUUAAUACUAAAAGUAAAUAAAUUUGGUACUAAAUUUAUUUUUGAGACAGGAUCUUCUGUUAUGUAGUUCAGGCUGUCCUUGAACUCACUAUAGAGUAGUUCAGGCUGGCCUUAAACUUGUGGCCACCCUUCUGCCUCAGUCUCCUAAGUGCUGGGAUUACAGGUGUGUACCACCACACUCAGUACUAAAAUAUUUGUAAAAAAUUUUCCUGAUGCAUACACUUUUUGGUGGCGAAAUAGGCUGCAUACUGGUAUUUAUAGUAUGCUAUCUUCUAUGUGUGUAAUGGAGAGCUAUACCCAUGCAUUAAUUACUUAUAUUUAAAAGAUAAACAAUGAAAGGACAUAUGCCAAACUUUAAAAAUGUUUGCCUGUGUCUGAGGACAGCAUACACUGGAAAUGAGACUUCUGUGUAAGAACCUUAUAUAGUUGCUCUUUGAAAACUUGUAAACAUUUUGCGUAUUUGUAAAAUACUUCUAUUAAAAGAAUAUAAAAGUUGGGGUUGGGCAUUUAGCUCAGCGGCAUAAGCACCUGCCUUGCAAGCAGGCGGUCGCGAGUUCGAUCCCUGGUACUGAUAAAAAGUUAAAAAAAAAAAUAAAAGUGAAAUGGAAGCUAACAAACUGUGUCAGACUGAUGGCAUAAGCACACAGAAAAUUAAGUAGCUUUAGAAAAUGUUUUUGUCUUUUUGAACAGGGUUCGGAUAUGCAGUUUAGGCUGGUUGUAAACUCAUUUUUAGCCCAUGCUGGCCUUGAACUCUCACUGAUCCCCCUGCCUCAGCCUCUUGAGUGCUGGGAUUACAGACUUGCACCACCUCACCUAGCCUUUAGAAGUAUUUUGACCACUUCUACAAUGAGAUAUAAUACAAGGACACCUAAAAGUACAGAGAAAUACAGUUGUUGCAGGGCAUGGUGGUGCAUGCCUAUAAUCCCCGCACUUGGGAGAUUGGGGCAGGAGGAGACCAGUCUGGGCUACCUAGUGAGUACGAAGCCAGCCUAGACUGCACAAUGAGACCCUGCCUCAAAAACAAAAACCCCUCCAUAUAAAAUUGUAUAUUGUCUUAUUUUUAGGAGUAAUAUUGCUUUUUGAAACUAUGAUGUAAGAUAAAGCAGAUUAAACAAUUAUGUUAUUGGCAUUAGAAACAUAAACUUCAUUAUACAGGGAAAACUUACAAGCAUAAAAGAAUAAACAUCUGAAUCAAAUAAUGGUAUAAAGAAUGGAUUUUUCUCUUUUUGAAAAAUUUUUUAUUAUCUUUUGAGACAAGGUUUCACUAUGCAGUUCAGGCUGGCCUUAAACUCUAUAGUCCACGUUGACCUCAAACUCUGAAUAAUCUUCCUGCCUCAGCCUCCAAAGUGCUGAGAUUACAGGCAUGUGCUACCAUGGCACUUACUCUCUCUCUCUCUCUCUCUGGUUUUUCUCUUUUAUUUUUAUUUUUUUGGUACGGGGGAUUGAACCCGUGACAUUGUGCUUGCUAGGUAAGCACUUUGCCAUUAAGCUAAAUCCCCAGCUGGUUUUUCUCCUAAAAGGUAUAUUUUCUAGUUCUCUGCUGAAGGGGCCUAGAAAUGAUGACCUACUUAGUAGUAAUGAGCAACCCUAUGCACAGAUUUGAUUGUUACAUAGCAUUUUCAAGUUUAAAAUUUUUUUUAAAAAAACCAAGGUUGAUCUAAUGGUUGAUUCCAGACUGGAGCAGGAAAGAUGAGCUCAGGUCAUUUUGCACCUGGAAGCCAGGAAACUAUCAGAGGCCAGUGGGGUCAUGUAAAAAUGACAAGGAACCAAUCCAAAGGGGCCUCACUGGCCAGCGAUGGAACAAUUUGAGUAUAAGAGAGAAAUAAUUGCUACUUAAGAUUACAACACAUAAAAUUUGUAGAAAUUCACUUAAUUCAUAGUUACACUUAAGGAAAAACCUCAUUACCACUAGCAUAAAGGAAAUUAAACAUUUUUCUGGUCUUUAGAAUUUUCUAUGGAAGAAUUUCAGCUAAUAAAUGUAGAAGAAAUAAUAGGCUUACAAAAGCGCAGUUUUAGCCGGGCAUGGUAGUGUUUGCUUAUAAUACCAGCACUCUAAAAGCUGAGGCAGGAAGAUACCCAAUAGUUCCAGGACAGCCUUGACUACAUAGUGAGUUCAAGGCCAGCCCGAGUUGCAUAGUAAGUCCCUGUCUCAAAAAGCCAAAACCAACCAACCAAACAAACAAAAAAACCCCAAAACAACAAAACUCCAACAGCACAGUUUUUCAAACCCCAGUGAACUGGGUGGCACAUGCCUGUGAUCCCAUCACUCAAGAGGCUGAGGCAGGAGGAUGGCUACAAGUUUAAAACCAACCUGGGCUAUGCAAACAGUUCAAUGCCAGACUGUACUAUGUAGCAACACCCUAUCUCAAAAACAAACUAACCAAAAAACUAACAAACACCAAAACCAACAACUGAAAAACAAGAGUGGAAACCUAACCAAACCAAGAUCUAACUAUGGGGGACAGGCAAAAUCGCAAUCAUCCAAACUCAAAAUGUAGCAUAGCCUGCAGACAGAUAUCCUGGUUUCUUCAACACAUUCACUGCACAGAAGUUGAAAAGAGAAUCAUAAAGCUCACGAGAAAAGAAAUAAAGCUCAUGAGACUUACCAAAUGCAAUACAGUCAUUUGGAGACUGAUUCAUACGAGCCAGCAGUCAAAAAAACAUCUUUGGCAAGGGAAAUUCGAAUAUGAACAGGUCGGUCAGGUAUUAUUUUUUCUGUUUAGAUGCAAUCAUGAGUGUGAAAGUAAAGGUUUUUUGGGCUGGGGGUUAAAUCAGUGGCAUAAGGGCCUACCUGGCAAGUUUUGAGUUUUGAGUUCAAUCCCCAGUACCAAAAAAAAAAAAAAAAAAAAAAAAAAAAAAAAAGAAAGAAAGAAAGAAAGUAAAGUUUUUUGUUUUUUGUUUUUUGUUUUUUUAAGCUGAGGUAGCAUGCCAACUUACUUUGAAUGAAAUGACGUUGGAGAUAUUUUAAAAUACUCCAAAAACAGCACAACAAACAGGAAGAUUGGCAAAGUGUUCAUAGUUGUUGAAGCUUAGUGACAGGCACAUGCUCCAUUAUGCCAUUUUACUGUCUUGUAUGUUUGAAUUUUUUCAAAAUAAAUAGUCAGCUGGGCAUAGUGGCACAGAACUGUAAUCCUAGUAUUCUGGGAGACUAAGGCAGGAGGAUCUCAAAUUCAAGCACAGCCUUGACAACUUAAUGAGACCUUGUCUCCAAAUAAACAAAAAUCUGAGUGUGUAACUCAAUGCAAAGGCCUUGGAUUGAAUCCUCAGCACAGGAGAGAGAAAGGUGAGAAAUUAUGGUAGAGAAAGAAAUUAUGGUAUUAAGAAAGGAAAAAAAAAAAAAAAAGUACUUGGAUGUAGCAAUCCUGCCUCCCUGUGGCGAGUUCCAUUAAUGCAGCUUCUAUCUAAAGUGGACUUGAAUUCCCAGACCGAAAUGCCAGACAUGUCCAGGGUCAGACUCAUUAUCUUGUAAGAAAAUUACACAGGGAAUAAUAGAACAUCAUUUUAUAGUUAAAGAAAUGGAGGCUCAGGUUCAUAAUAAUUUACAUGUGAAGCUAAGGCUCCUGGAUUUAAACCCCAUAAUUUGUUGUAUUUUUGGACCUUACUUUUCCUACUUGAAUAAAGAGGUCAUGUAGGGCAAAUGGAGAUGCUUGUAGUUAGUAUAAAACCACAGGAAGCAGGUUAUCAGGAAGCAAGUUCGUCUACAAACUGUAGGUGAUAAGUAUAACUAGGUGAUACAAAUUAGGAAACAGGUAGUAUUUACAUUACUUACUGUGCCAGGUAUGGGCAAAGUGCUGUCUAGAUAUGAUCUCAGUUCAGCUACAGUUACCCUGUGAGGCUUAUCGAUGCUUCCUUUUGGAACUGAGGAAACCCAUAGUCUAGGAGUAAAGAGGAUUUGUCCAAAGUCACAUUGCUGCCAGGCGUGGUGGUGCACAGCUGUAAUCCCAGCAUUUGGGAGACAGAGGCAAGAAGAUUUCCAGUUCAGGGCCAGCCUGAACUACAUAGUGAGACUGCCUCAAAAACAAAACAAAACAAAACAAAAAAACAGCAAAACAAAAAUUAAAUAAAAAAAACAGUCACACUGCUAGGAAAUGUCAAAACUGGGACUGAAUUCCUGUCAUGAUGGAAGUUUAGGUUUGAUUUUGCUUUCUCUACUGCGAGUUGGACAAAAUUGAGUGGAAGUUGCAGUUCUUAUAUAAUCACUAUCCCCAAAUCCAUGCUAGGUAAGUGCUCUAGCAGGGAACUAUACCCUGCUAGGACUUUUUGUCUUCCCCUUGUUUUGUGGUGCUGGAAAUUGAACCCAGGGCCUUCACACUGAACUGCAUCCCCAGUCCUUUCAUGAGACAGGAGGACUUACUAAGUCACUAAGUCAUCCAGGUAGGGCUUGCACUUGUGAUCCUCCUUCCACAGUCUCCUAGAGUGCUGGAAUUACUGGCAGGUGCCAUCAUACCUAGAACCCAGGCCUCUUUAUUUUUAAUUUAAUUUAAUUUUAUAUUUUUUGGUAUCAGGGAUUGAACUCAUGACCUCGAGCUUGCCAGGCAAGUGCUUAUACCGCUGAGCUAAAUCCUCAGCCUUUAUUUUGUUUUGAAGCAAGAUGUCACUAAAUUUCCGGGUUGGCCUUAAAUUUGUAAUCCUACUGCUUCAGCCUCCCAAGUAUCUGGGAUUACAGGCAUGUAUCACCAUGCCUGGCUUAUAUGAUAUGUUUUUAAAGGCUUUAAUUUUAGAGAAUUUUAGGUUCAUAGCUAAAUGAAGUGGGCAAGCCGGGGCUAUAGCUUAGCACCUGCCUAGAAAGCACAAGGUCCUGAGUUUGAUUUCUGGUACAAUAAAAAAUUUUUUAAAAGAAAUGAAAAUUGAAUGGGCAUUUCAGGGGCCCCAAACACAUCCAGUUCCUCUUCCUAGCAAAUAGCUAACUGCUCUGUAGGAAUCCUGGAGGCAUUGCUGAUGCUUUGUUAGGAGCUUAGUACCCCUGAGCCAGUCUCAAGGGGCUAUAAAAAUGCUGCAAUGAGAUUUUGAAGGAUGACCCAUCAGCCUUCCACUGAGUGCUUUUGUUUUUAAGAUUGAGUCUUGGGCUGGGGAUUUAACUCAGCAGCAUAAGCGCCUACCUUGCAAGCAGGCAGUCGUGAGUUUGAUCCCUGGUACCGAUAAAAAGGAAAAAGACAAAAAAAAAAAAAAAAAAAAAAGACUGAGUCUCAAUAUGCAAUUCAAACUGACAGUGAACUCACUAUGUAGCUAAGGCUGGCUUCAAAUUCGCAGGAUUCUCUGGCCUCAGCCUUCCAAGUGCUGGGAUUGCAGGCGUGUGCCACCACAUCUAGCUUCUACAGAGUGCUUAGAGAACACCUCCUAGCUGCUACAGUAGAGAGAAUACUCAUCAGUGGCCCUUUUUCUCUCUUUUCUAAGUCAGACUCCAGUCCCAGCCUCAUCUCUGCAGUAUGAGACCCCUUUUGAGAGAGCACCAGCCCUAGCACUGACUUGCUGUGUGACCCUGAGCCAGCCUGCCUCCUGCUCUGGGCCCGUCUCCCCAUCUGCCUAGUAUUAUUUCUGCUGCAGCUUCCUGACAAGUGAUGAGAAGCCAUGUGGCAGGUGUAAUGUUAGCUUUGCGUGGGUCCUGGUUACCUCCUUGGAGACAGCUGGAGCAACUGGCAUCUAUAACCCAUAUGACGUCUCCUGCCCUCCUUGUCUCUGUCUGAAAACUGGUGACGAGGGGUUGAGGGCUUAGGGAAAGGUCCCAGGGACAUCCCAUCCCGAGGAUUCACUCAGCUCCUAUCAAGUCCUGAGGUACUUGGACUUCCUGUGGCCUGUCUGUUCUCUCUGGAUUCUUCUGUUGCAAGGGUAGAAAUUCAGCUCCAAUGGAUUUGAAAGAAGUAAUUGAUACACAUGCCUGAGAAGAGUGGAGACGGGAGGGUUAGCUUCAGGAAGGAUUUGAUUCAGCAUCUCAUGUCACCAACGACUCUUUCCUCUGUUCUGCUUCUCAGGAUGUUGAGCUCAUCCUUUUUUAAAAUUCUUUUUUACAGUACAUGGUUGCAGCACAUAACAAUUACAUUCAUUCUGGGGAGUUGGUACAAGAACUCAAUUUUCUUUCUUUUUUUUUUUAGACAGGCUGGCCUUGAACUCACAGCGAUCUUCCUGUCUCAGCUUCCUGAGUGCUGAGAUUACAGAUGUGCACCACCAUGCUUGGCACAAUGCAUCUCAAUUCUUUUCCACCCCCUUCCCUUUUCUUCCUUCCCCCUUUGACCUCAUCCUAAAACUGCAUACUAGCUUUUCAUUACUAUAGUGAAAUACCUGAAGGAGGCUACUUUAUAAAGAAAAGACUUUUUUUUUUUUUGACAUACAGCUUUGGAGGUAGAGUGUCAAGGCACAGGUUCUGGGGAGAUCCCCUGAGCUGUCUCACUUCUUGGUGGGGUGCACAUGUAUCUCUGUAUGUCUGGUCUCUAUCUCUCUUCUGUUAAAGCCUUGGGCUUCAAUUACGGGGAGGGGAGGGGACCACCCUGGGAUUAGAGUUUAUCUAAUCUUAAUCACUUUCCAAAGGCUCAAUUUCUAAGCACCAUAAUCAGAUUAACUUUUUCAUCUCUUAAUACUAUUUAGGAGGAGGGAUGAAGUUGGGGGUGAGGAGUACAAACUGAAAAACCAUAGCAGCUGGCUUUCCUGUUGAUCCUGGUGUUCCUAGGGAUUCAGCCUUUCAAAUUCACAUUCAACAGGAGGAAGAAAAGCCAGGUGUGGUGGAGUAUGCCCAUAAUCUCAUACUCUUGAGCCUGAAGCAGGAGGAUCACCAUGAGUUUGUGGGGGUUUUUUUGUUGUUGUUAUUGUUGUCAUUCUUGGAGACACCUAUGUAGUCCAGGCUGGACUUAAACUCACUAUGUAGCCCAGGCUGACCUUGAACUUGCAGCCAUCCUCCUGCCUCUGCCUCCCAAGUGGUGGAAUUAUAGGUGUGAGCCACCAUGCCCCAUAAAUCACUGUGAGUUUGGUACCAGGGAUUGAACUCAUGACCUUGCGCUUGCCAGGCAGGCACUUGUGCCACUGAGCUAAAACCCUGACCUUCACUGUGAGUUCGAAGUCAGCCUAAAUUACAUAGUGAGGCCCUGUCUUGCCAUUUCUCGUCCUCCAAAGAAAGCAGAGAAAAGGAAAUCAGCUUCUGUCCCUUAAACAGCAGUCCUAGGAUGAGCACUGUUGGAGCUGAUUGGCUGGUGAGGGGGCAGCUGGUCCUUCUGUGACCCAGCUCUGCUCCCAGGGCCCUGGAACAUGCGGCCUGCUGACGGGUUUAGCUCCAAUAGUCAGGGCGGGGUGCUAACAAAUGCCACUCUCUAGGCCCCUCCUAGGAGCCACUAGUGUCUGGCCCUUUCUGCAUUAGAUCCACAGUUAUUUAAUGAAUAUCUAUUACAUGCGAUAAAUGGAGCCUGAUACUGAUGCUGGGGAGAAUGUGGUGAUCGAGCAGAUCCGUGGCCGCAGGGCCUCCUCCAGUAAGGCUGACAGACCCAUUCAUGGCCAUAGUGCCAGAGGGAGGUUACGUGACGGGGACUUGGGGAUUCGAGACGGGGAGGAGAGGGAUAGAAAUAAGGAGUCAAUAAAGGUUUUAUUGUUUAUACAUUUUAUUUUUUGAGAUGCGAUAUAAAUUGUAUAUCAGAUCAAUCAUUAUUAUGUAGGUCAAACAUAUACUAAUAAAAUGCCAAAAUGUAAAAUAAAAUAAAAAUGUUAAAGGCCUGUGAUGUACCAGGUGCAUGCCUGUGAUCCCACCAUUUGGGAGGUCGAGGCAGGAAGACUGCUGUGAGUUUGAGGUCAAGCUGAACUACACAGUGACAUCCUGUCUCAAAAACCAAAAAAUAGGGGCUGGGGAUUUAGCUCAGCGGCAUAAGCACCUGCCUUGCAAGCAGGCAGUCGUGAGUUCGAUCCCUGGUACCGAUAAAAAAGACAAAAAAAAAAAAAAAAAAAAAAACCAAAAAAUAAAAUAGGCAUAGAGAUCAGUGGCAUAGCGCCUGCCUGGCAAGUGCAAGGUCCUGAGUUCGAUUUCUGAUACCCUCCCUGCCCCCCAAAAAGGGUUGGGGAGUGUAGCUCAGUGCAAGGUCCUAGUGUGUCAAAAAAAUUUUCUUUCUUGCUAUGCUGGGGAUGGAACUCAGGUAUGGUAGCCAAGCACUUUGCCAGCCUGUGAUGUGAAUACAGAUAACUAAAUUUACCAGCGUAGUCAUUGUUAAGAGUGCAUGUAAUCAUUCAAGAGUUUGGCGGCAUUAAGUAUGUUCUCUGCGUUUAGGCGAGAUGUUAUCAGGAGGAGCACAAACACACUUACAUUCUCGUUGUGCCACUAUCACCACCAUCGGAUCGUCUCAUCAUUUCAAAGCGAAACUUUGUGCCCAUUAAACACUAACUGCACGGCCUCCCUCGCCCCUGACGCUGGGAACGCGCUCCUUCUGCUUUGCCAGCGAACCUGACCUUGCUAGCGAGCUCGCAUGGUGCGUUUCCUUUUCAGACUGGAUUUUUUCGCUUAGCACGACGUCUUCAAGGUGCAUCCAUGCUGCUGCGUGAGAUCGGAAUUUCCUUCCUUCUAAAGGCUGAAUAAUAUCCCAUCAUAUGGCACCUCCCACGGUUACCCAUCCACCCAUCUACCCACCCAUCCAUCCAUCAGCUGUUGUGUGUCUAUCGAUCCCCUUCCAGACACUCUGCCUUCAUCUGUUUGACCGGCUAGAAGCUCCCAAACCCCGUCCUUUUUGGGUUUUUACGAGGCUUCGUUCAUUUAGACCUCACAAUUCCUGCUUUUGGGGAACCCAGACUAAGACAUCAGGAAACGUCCCAAUGAUGGUUUGGCUUCUGCUGCUCCGUCUAACACCACGCCAGUCUUCUGACACGAGCGUCCUUGUUUUCUGUGUGUCCUGAGGCUGACACCUGCUUGGGGAUCUAAUCAGACUCUGUCUUGUGGUCGCUGUUGAUCCAUUGAUGAAAAGCGAGCCCAUUCUUAGUCUGCUGCAAAGAGGCAGAGGCCUGAUGCUGCGACUCGGUCCCGGGUUCCCUGCUAGGCUGACUUCACCACGAGAAGAGCCAGGAGGGGGUGGGGGGUGACUGAGUUGAGAGGGACCCUGGUUAUGCAGCUUGCUCUGCCCACUGGUCUGGCACAUCCAGUCACUGCUGAUGCCAAAUAACCUUUUUGGAAAGCAAUCUGUCAGUGUUUCUCAGGACUUUUUUUUCAGAUUGAAUGCAGGACCUUUGCACUGAGCUGUUUACCCCAUCCUUUUUUAUUUAUUUAUUUUGAGACAGGGUUUUGCUACGUCAUUGAAUUGCUCAGGCUGGGCUCAAAUUUGUGAUCCUCCUGCCUCAGCCUCCCAGAGUGCUGGUAUUAUAGACUCAACUAUGCAAGCAUCAUUUUACCAAACAGUCCCACUUCUGAGUGUUUAGUCUUUUUUGUUUGUUUGUUUUUUUCAUUUUUAUUGGUACCAGGGAUCGAACUCAUGACCGCCUGCUUGCAAGGAAGGUGCUUGUGCUGCUGAGCUAAAUCCCCAGCCCCCUGAGUGUUUAGUCUUAAUGAAAUAAAACAUGACAUUCAGUGCAGUUUAUUGAUAAUAAUGAGAAAUUAAAAGCAAAAUAUUUACCAACAAUGCAGUCAGCUUUCCGUAUCUGGCGGUUCCACAUCGGUGGAUUUGACCAACCACAGAUGGAAGAAGUUCCAAAGAGAAAGACUUGAAUUUGCUGCUCUCCCAGCACUGCUGAGCCUGAAUGGAAGAGAUGCUGUGGCUCCCACCGCUUCUCAGACCCUGGUCUCCAGCAGACUCGCUCCUGGAGCAUGCAUGCCUCACCUGGAGGACGUGUGUGUAGUUAGGCCUGCAAUGGUGGCAUCUCUGCUGCACAGGAAAAGACUUUUUUCUCGUCACUGUCUCCUAAACAAUGUGUAGCAUUUACAGUGUGGUAGGAUUUUUUGUUUUUGCUUUCGUUUUUGUUUCUUAAGACAGACUCUCACUGCAUAGUUCAGGCCAACCUUGAACCCUUGGUGAUCCCUCUGUCUCAGUCUCCUGAGGGUUAGGGAUACAGGUGUGUGUGUCACCACAUUUGGCCUGUAUUAAGUAUUUAAAGUAAUCUAGAGAUGGUUUAAAGUGUACAAGGGGAUGUAUGUAGGUUACAUGCAGCACUAUGACAUUUUGCAUAAGGGACUUGGUAGAUUUUUGUAACCUCAGGGGUUUUAGAACUAAUCCCCCAUGGAUACUGAAGAAUGAUUGAAUAUCUAGAGGUUGAAAUAUUCUUUUUUUUCACCUUUUUUUUUUUUUUUUUUUGAGAUAGGGUCUUACUUUGCAGUUUAGGCUGGCCUUGAACUCACUAUGUAGCCCAGGCUGGCCUCAAACUCUCAGCAAUCCUCCUGCCUCAGCCUCCUGAAGGCACCGUGAUGUGGGGCAGGCUGAAGUACUCUUCAGCCAUUAAAAAUAAGCCAUAUAUCCUGAUGGACUGAAUCCACAGACUUUUUCUUAAGCUAUAUCCCUAGCAUCACCAUCUACAUAUAACCCCCAUUGUUUUGAGACAUCUUGCUGAAUUUCUAAAUUACCCAGGUUGGGGUCAAACUUAUCUUCCUGCCUCAAUUUCCCAAUGUGGGAUUAUAAGCAGGUAGCACUACCUCACCUGGCUUAUUUAUUUAUUUAGGAGGGUCUUGCUAAGUAGGCCGGAUCUCAGCUUCCUGAGUGCUGAGCUUACAGGUGUGUGCCGCCACAACCAGCAAAGGAGACCUUCUCAAAGGAGCAGAUUGGCUUCUGUGUCCCCCUCUCCCAGUGUUGAAAACCUGUAACUUGUCCUAAAAGCACUGAGGUUAAAAAAUAAGAUAAGCUCAUUCAGGUAAAUUCAGGUAAUGGGGAUCAAAGGCCGGAAGGUUCCCGAAAGAAGGGAUUUUUGAGGUGAGGAAACCUUUUAGAGUAAUAUACAUGUUCUGUGCUUUGAUCUUGGUGGCACUAACAUGGGUGACCAUGCACACAAAGCUUCACUGAGCUUCCCACGCCCUGUCUGUGUGCUCUCACCUGGCGAAUUAGAUGCCACUGUGAGGAGAGAAAGGCUUUGUCUGCUCUGCUGCUUGCUGUGCACUGAGUUUGGAACAGUGAAAUCCUGUCUAACAGAUAAAUAAAUAAGUUAAUUUUUGAUUAUGGAGAGAUGGAAUGUUGUAGGUAAAGAGCCAAUGUUAUUUUCAGCUACUGUGAGUCCUUUGAAAGAAACAACCAUUAUCUUUUUUUUUGUCUUUUUCAUUUUUAUCGAUAACAAGGAUCGAACUCACGACUGCCUGCUUGCAAGGCAGGCGCUUAUGCCGCUGAGCUAAAUCCCCAGCCCCUAACCAUUGUAUUUUUAAUCAUUUUAUUUGUCCUAAUGUUCUUCUGACUACUAGUACUCAGGAUGUUUUGUUUUUAUGGUUUUUUUCAGGGUUAAUCUUUCCUUUCUUUUUUUUUUUUUUUGCAUUUUUAAAUUUUAUUGGUACAUUAUAGAUAUACAUAAUGAUCACAUUCAUCAUUAGUCCUUAUUUAACUUACGUUUUCUCGCAUUAGAGAAACAAAUGGUAUUUAAACAUGUGUUUCUGAUUUUCUUCACUUAAAAGUAUGACCUCAGCUGGACGUGGUGGCUCACACCUGUAAUCUCAACACUCUGGAGGCUGAGGCAGGAGGAUCAUUGUGAGUUCAAGACCAGCCUGGGCUACAAAGUGAACUGCAUAGUGAGACUCUGUCCCAAAAAGACAAAAAAAAAGUAUGACCUUAAGGUGACUCCAUUGAGCUAGAAAUGGCUCAAGCUUAUCCUUCUUGGUGGCUGAGUAGUACUCCAUUGUAUUUUUAAAAACCCAUAUCUUCAUUCAUCAGGUGAGGGAUAUUUGGGCUUUUUCCAAUAUUUAGCUGUUAUAAAUUGUGCCUCUAAAAUAUGGGUGUACAUAUAUUGCUGUGGCAUGAUGCUUUUAAUGGCUGGGUCAAAUGGAACCUCUAGUUUUAAUGUUUUGAGGACUCUCCACACUGGUUUCCAGUGUUGCGCCAGUCUGCAUCCUCACCAACAGAACUGUUCCUUUUAACCCACAUCCCUGCCAACAUUUGUUAUUGGUUGAUUUCUUGAUAUUAGCCAUUCUUCCUGGAGUGAGAUGGAAGCACUACUACUAAAUUUAUUCCUGGAAGCAAGUAUCACCCUGAUACCAAAACCAGAGAAAGAUCUAACCAAAAAAGGGAGCUAAAGGUCUGGUUCCCUAAUCAACACAGAUGCAAAAAUCUGUAACAAGAUUCUGGCAAACAAUGUAACAAAUCGUCAAGAUUAUUCAACAUGACCAAGUAGGAUUCGUCACAGGGAUGUAGGAAUGGUUCAACACACACAAAUAAUAAACAUAAUACACUGUAUCAACAAAGCCAAGGACCAAAGCCAUAUGAUCAUCUCAGUAAAUACAGAAAAAGGGAUUGACAGAGUGAACACUGAUUCAUGAUAAAAACCCUUCCGGGCCAGAGAGGCCCUCACUGCAGUGUGCCUUUGCAAAGUCCUCACCUGGGCCCGCAUACGGAUGUGCAGGAGGAUGGUAGGGGUCCACAGCCAGCUCCCCUGGCUGCACGUGGGACCCCCUUUCACCGCAGGCCGCACACAUGUCAUUUGGGGACUAGGAGGACUUUGAGUUCAUCCGAGACCAGAUGCCAAGAAGCUGGAGGAUCAGAACGAGGCGAUGGAUGGAGAGUUGGAAGGACCCCUGAUUCCAAACCCGAAGUACUCGGGACAGUGAAGACCUCAAGUCACUGGGAAGCCCAACAGGAGCGGAUUCAUCCAGAAACAGACAACCCCGAAUGUAAGCCGGGUCCCACUCUUUGCCAGUAUCAUAACACCGGUGUUCUCGACGUUGACCUGCGGCUGGUAAAAUCUGACAGCAUCUUCAACAGCUUCCUUCUCACAAAGGAUGAAGAGGUCACUGAAGAGGUCGACAGGAAAACCUGAGGAGUAAGGGAGGAGGUGGGGAAGCAAUGGAGAGAGUUGUAGGAAGAAACGGAAAAGAGAAGACAAGAAGAAGAGGUGGAGAAGAAAAAAGCAAAGGAGCAAGAAUGAGAAGAUGGUAUCUGGGGACGUCACCCAGAGGAAGAGGACAGGAUGACGGGAGGUGGAGGAGGAGCGUUCUGGGUGAAGAUGGAGCCCUGCGUGCUGAGCUUCCGGAAGGGUGAGCCGUACCUGGGGGGCGCACAGGAGUGGCUGGUGGGGUUACCUGGAGAGGUGGGCACACGGCUAGCAGAGUUUGGAGAGCAAGUUAACUUGAUCUUUGGAAAUAAAGUUGGAUUUGUAUUGCUACUCCGCUCUUUUGUGCUGUAUAAGCUUAGAAAGUCGGGGGCUGGGGAUUUAGCUCAGCGGCAUAAAUGCCUGCCUUGCAAGCAGGCAGUCAUGAGUUCGAUCCCUGGUACUGGUAAAAAGGAAAAAAACAAACAAACAAAAAAGUCUUAAAAAAUCACAUCCCAUCUUGGGACUAUUUCCUUAUUAGUAAAAAGAGUGAUAAUUUCUAUUUCCGGAGAUUGCUGAAGGGAAUAAAUGUGGUAAUAAAGUGUGUAAAGUGUCUAACACACUUAAAAUCCACAACUUGUGUCAUUAUUAUGGUGUUUAUUAAAUUAAUUUCAUUUGGUGAAUAAGCUUCUUUAUAAACUUGACCCUCACUUUCAAGUUAUUCUACCACAUUUGGGAAUUUUAUUGUGUUUCAAUAUCUGUGUCUCUUACUGAGCAGUGAUUUUUCCGCUUACAAGUGUGUUGAAUCUAUCAGACUUUUUAAUUUUAAUUUCAUUUAAUUUUAUUUUAUUUUUGAGAUAGAGUCUCACUGUGUAGCCCAGGAUGGCCUUAAACUUGCAGUGACCCUUCUGCCUCAGUUUCCCGAGUGCUGGGAUUACAAGUAUGUGCUACUGUGCCCAGUUAGAUUUCCUCUUUUUCAUUUUUUAUAUUAAAUAGUUUAUAAAGUUAAAAUUUACAGUAAGCUAAGGCUAGUUUAUUAUUUUCAUUUUCAUUCUUUUUUUUAUUAUAUUGAAUAUCAUUAUCUUCAAAGUAUUACUCAGAGUACAAGAUAUAAACCAAGAAGGUUCUUGCAGAAAAGAAAUAUAACAAAAGUCUUUGUCUUCCAUGAACUAAGAUAAACUAUCAACAUUUUUGUUUUUUGGUACCGGGGUCAAACUGAGGACCUUGCCCUUGCCAAGCAGGCACUUUGCUGCUGAGCUAAUCCCUGGCUUUUAUUACAUACAUUGAAACACUUUUAAAGCAAUAGAAUUUGUAGUUUGGGAAAGUAUCUGAACUUCGCUGUGUUUCCUAGUUAUCUCUCUUCUAUUUUGAUCUGUAUUUGUGUUUCUCCUAUAACCCAAGACAUUUGAGCUUGUGUAUGGGACUGAUUUCACUUAACAUGAUGUCUUCUUAUCCUAAGGAAAAGUACUUUGCAAAAGUCUUCUUGAUUCUCUAUUGUUCUGUGCCCAAAUUUUCAAAUAAUUGCUACUUAUUUGCAAAAAGAAAAAUGAAAACAAAAAAUAACUCCACAGAAAUUUGGAAUAGUAUUUAUCUCAAUAUGAUAGAAGCCAUUUAUGGCAAACAACUAACAUCAUAUUAGACAGAAAAUGAAAGCUUUCGCUCUAAAAUCAGGAACAAGGCAAGGAUGUCCACUAUUACCACUCUCAUGCACUAUAGCUAUGGAACAUUAACCAGAACAGUUGGACAAGAGAAAGGAAUAGAUGGAAUACGGAUAGAAAGGAAGUUAAAUUAUCAUUAUUUGCAGAUAAUACGAUGCUGUGCAUAGAAGACCCCAAAAACUCCACCAAAAGACUUGCAGAUUUAAUAACUAAAUUCAGUAGCUUAGCUGUUUUUGUUUUUUUAAAAACAGGAUUGUGCUAUGGGCAUGAACUCAACGUGGUCCUCCUGCCUCAGCCUGCUGAGUGCUGGAAUUAUGCGUGUGUACCCACAUCUGGCUCAGAAUGUGUUAAACUUAACUGGCCCUGUCUCCUCUCCCUACAUCUAAAACAAGAAUACAAUAACAUUAAGGUAAAAAAAUGCAACAGCACCCGAAUCCUACAGAAGAGAUUUCCUGCCUGCCUGAUGCUCCCCACCUAUGUAUUUUGUAAAAACAGUUAUUUGUGAUUUAAAUUUGUUACUCUAAAGGCACACAUAGCCUCUUCCAGUAUGGAAAAUGUUUUUUAAGGUAAUUUGAAUCCAUGUCCUUGGGGUCAGGGGCACUCAUAUUUGGCUUAGAAUGAACCAUUUAGGGCCCGGGAUGUAGCUCAGUGGUGUAAGCACUUGCCUGGCAAGCACCAGGUCAUUUGUUCAGUCCCCAGUACCAAACAAAUAAACAAAGUUUAAUUAUUUUUUUAGCAUUCUUUUAUGUUGAUGCUCCUCAACUUAGAGAUGGGGAAACUGAGGCCCGGAGAGGUUAAAGAAUCUGCACCAGUCCACAGUACUAAGUCGCUGACCUGGAAAAGGUGGCCUGGCAGCAGUGAGGUGCUGGGGGCUGUGGGCUUAGCUAUGUUGCACUGCCUCUGAAGGCCAGUGUGGAAAGCCUGGGGCCCUAAUGACUGCCAGGCCAGUGCCUCCUAGGAGACUGGAUCAGUGCAGCACCUCAAAGGAGGUGAGGGAUGGACACUCAGACCUGGAAGGGAGAGGGGCACAGAGGUGUAAGGGCUCUGUCCCUGCUGCUUUGAGAAAAGCUGCUUUUCCUGGGCAGGGACUGAUCCUGUCACCUGAUCUCUCACUCCAGAAGCCCGGGCAGGGCCCCUCUCCCAGGCUGGCCCUGUCUCUACCCCCUGUGGCUGUCACAGGCCUGAGCCAACAGGCCACGUCCUGCUGUCCACCCCUGGGAAAAGUGGCUUCCAGGAAUGCCCCCUCACUCCACCCCGCCUGUCUCUGCCCACUUGGUUCCUGGAAGUUGGGGAACCGGGCCAUGGUGUGUACUGUGCAGUGCCUAAGCAGGACACCUUUCCUUGGCUUUCACGGCUCACAGGAGGGGAGAGGACUAGGGCUUGUUGCUGCUGGCAGAUAGGAGUCACUCACUUGCUUGGCCGGGGCAAGCUGCUUGACCUCUGAGAAGGCUCAGUCUAUCCAAAUAAGAAUUGGAGAUGCUAACAAUACCUGAAGGGGAGCUGUGGAGUUGGCCACAGCAGCAUGAGGGAUGCAUUUGGUUUGCAGCCUGGAACCCUAAAGCACUCAAAACGGAGUAGCUAUGGUGACUAUCAUCCUGCCACCUUCAAUCUCUGUGGGGACAGAGGCCCUGCGUGAUGGGCUGAUGGUGCUCACAUGUCUUGGCUGAGGAUGAGGAGACACUCUUCUUAUCAGCAAAGAAUUUGGGUUUUGUUCUGAGCAGCCCCAACCAGUGCCAGCGUUCCAGAGACCUGCACUGGAGAGAGGAGGGUGGGCUGAGCAGGUGGCUGGGCAGGAGGAGGAGCUGCUGGCCUUCCUCUGGGAGGGGAGGUAGUAAUCCUCGCUGGCCUAGCAGGGAGUGCUUGGUUCCUUCUUGCCACACACACUUCACCUGCAGUCCAGGGCUGGGAGGUGUGAAAUUCCUGUAUUGAGUCAGGCUGGGGCAGGCUCUUCUUCAUUUCUGAAGAGCACAGCUCUGUACUUCCAGGGAUCCAUUGCCCAAGAGGGCAGGGCAGCCAGAACACCCAAAUCCACACGUGGAAUUAUGGCCUGGCUGAGUUAGGAGGGGCUCAGAGAGCCCCAAUCUGCCUUGAUGGCUUCAAGCUCAGCUUAUAGUCAGUCACCACCUGUACCUGCCGGCCUCAGUUUCUCUGAGAACAAUGGCUAUGAACACUCUCAUGUAAUAUGAAGGGUUUCCUUGGCUAUUGAAAGAGCAAAUGAAGUCAUGUAUACAAAGCUCAGGAAUUCGUGUGUAAUCGGUGUCUGGUAAAUAUGGGUGCUUGUGGCCACCUCCUGUGCCCACACGAGUGGUGGCAGGACUCGACUCGAGGAGCAAAAACUCCCAGGAAUCUCCCACCCCUCCACACAAGAUGGUCAAUACUAGACUGAUGCUACUUCGGUUUGGAGGUGCUAGGGCUUGCACCCAGGGCUCGUGUACGGUAGGCAAUCGCUCUACCGCUGACUUUCAGCCCAGCUCUUUUAAAAAUUUUGAGACAAAGUGUUGCUAAAUUGCCCAGGCCUCUCUCAAACUUUUGAUCCUUCUGUCUCAGCCUCUUGAAUAGCUGGGAUUAUAGGCAUGUGCCUUUGCAUCUAGCUGCUUGUUAAUUUUUAAAAAUUAAUAACCUUUAUUUAUUCAUUAUUAUUAAUAUUAUUUUGGUACCAGGAAUUGAAUUCAGGACCUUGUGCUUGCCAGACAGGUGCUGUGCCACUGAGCUAUAGCCCCAUCCCUAUUUAUUCAUUUUUAAUAGUAAAUAGCAUUGAUGACUACCACAAGGAGCACACCUUGUGUGCAUUAUCUCAAAUUUACAUAGUUUCCAUGAUAUGUUAUUAUCAUUCUAUUUUACACUAAGAAACACAAGCCGUAGAAAAAAAUAAUUUGUCCAGCGUCUUCCAGCCAUGAAGGCGUUUUGGGUUUCCGUGGUUGCAUCACAAGCCAUUGCUGUGCCAUAAACUAUUUUGCUCACAGAUCUCCAGCUGGGCAGGGCUUCAUGGGAACGGUUUGUCUCCAGCCCUCCUGGCAGCAGACGGCAGCGUGGUGACUGAGGUGUGAAGUCACCUCAGAACUCAUUCCUUCCUGUGACCGGCAGGUGAUAUAGCUGCUGCCUGGAGCCAGCCAGAGUUACCAGCUGGAGCUUCUCCAUGGGGCCACCAGGCGGGUUCUUAGGUGGUCUGCGUUUCUAUCCGCACACCUCAGAGCCGUCUUUUGUUUGUUUAUGUGUGUUUUACACACAGUGUUUUGUGUACAGCGUCCAGGUGUUUAGUUGUAACUGUUCCACGCCUCAUGGUAGGGAACCCUCAGACUGUAUCAUGAUCAUCGUUCCUACAACCGGGAGUGAGCUUCUUUUUUAAAAUUUCUUUUGAAGGGAAUAAAACAAAACAGAACAAAACAAAAUGGUGAAAACAAUAUUGGUUUUCAAAAACAAAACAGGCUGGGGAUUUAGCUCAGUGACCCAAGUGCCUGCCUGGCAAGCACAAGGUUAUGAGUUCAAUGCUCAGUACCAAAAACAAACAAAUAACCCAGAAGGAAAUCCCCUAUAGAUGCUAUAUUGUAUAUUGUUAUCCUCUAAAUAGAUGCUCAGACUACAGGCUUUAGGCCUGCAAUCAAGCAGUUCAAACACUAAGUUGUGUUUUUACUUCACUUGCUAUCAUUGCAGCCUGUGUUCCUCGGAAUCAGCCAGCUGCUUAUAGGGAAGGGGCUCUUCCUGUCUCCCGGCCCAUGUGCUGGCGGGUUCACAGGCGGGCACAGCUUCUUGGUUCUCCUCCUGGCCCACAUGGCUCCAAAGUGAGCUUCUUAUGGGAAGAGGUCAAUUGUCUUUGAAUUCCCUGUGCCUGAGACAGUUCUGGAGGCUGGGAAGUCCACGGGCAAGGUGCUGGCACCUGGUGAGGGUGCUGUGUCUUACCAUGCUGAAGGCAAAAAGGGUAAGCCCAUGUGUGUGUGUAGGGGGUACUGGAGAUCGAAUCCAGGGCCUCUGCACUAAGCUGUAUUCUCAGCCCCUUAUUUAUUUAUUUAAUUUACCGAGGAUUGAACUCACAACCAUGCGCUUGCCAGGCAGGUGCUUAUGCUGCUGAGCUAAAUCCAGCCCCCUUUUUUAUUUUGAGACAAGGUCUUGCUAAGUUACUAAAUUUCCCAAGGCUGGGUUAACAGGUAUGUGCCUUCAUGCCUUGUUUGCCAUAGCGUUUAUUUAGUUAUUCAUUUUAAAAUUUUAUCGGUAUAUUUUAGAUGUACAUAAUGAUCACAGUCAUCAUAAGAAAAUUUGUACCUGUACGUGAUAUGUCUUUUUUUUUUUUAUUGGUACUGGGAUCAAACUCAUGACCGCCUGCUUGCAAGGCAGGUGCUUAUGCCGCUGAGCUAAAUCCCCAGCCCCUCAUGAUAUAUCUUGGUAUUUCUUUUUUUCCUAUUUCUCUCCCUUCCUUCAACCUCUCUUCCCUGCUUAUUUACAAAAGCUUUGCUUCUGUUUUUUUCUUUAUGUUCUUUUUUCUUGUCUCUUCUUUCCUUUCCCCACCUCCUUCUCUUGUUUUCCUCUUUUGAACAUUUUCUUCCCAUUUUCCAACAUCUGUUAUACAUUUUGGUCCUCACUUACACUUUCAGUUUCUCAUGCCAGAGAAAUAAUGCAGUAUUUAAACAUAUGUGCCUGAUUUAUUUCACUUAACAGUAUACUCUCAAGUUGAACCCAUUUAGCUAGAAAUGUCUCAAGUUUAUCCUUCUUUAGGGCACAGUAGGACUCCAUUGUAUACAAAGCCACAUUUUUUUCCAAAUCCAUUUCAUUUCAAAGAUAAAAAGAAAAAAGAAGAAGAAAGAAAAACUACAACAAAAUUUCAAAACAUGUCAAUCAGGGGGUGACAAUGGUAUAUACACUGCACAUAAAAACAUCUUUAUCCAUUCAUCGGUUGAUGGACAUUUGGGCUGCAGCAGCAGUUUUUCAAAGAGCAGUUUUAGGUUCACGGCAAUUCUUGCCUAAACACUUCAGUGCCUCCCUCCUUACUCACCUCCCCAGGGGGGGUUAAGGGUGAGUCUACACUGACACAUCGUUAUCAUCCAAAGCCCAUCUGUACAUUAGCACUCUCUCUCGGUAUAUAUUCGUUGGGUUUGCACAAAUGUGUCCACCAUGAGAGUGUCGUUCUCUAUGUUCUGCCUAGUCUUCUUCCCUUCCUCUCCCUGGAAGCCUCCAAUCUUUUUAAGGUCUCCAUAGUUUUCCUUUCUGUAGAAUAACAUGCUAUGUAGCCUUUUCAGAUUGGCUUCUCUCACACUUUAAUAAUACAUACUUUAAAUUCUUCCAUGUCUUUUUAUGGUUGGCAGCUCAUUUCUUUCUUUCUUUCUUUCUUUUUUUUUUUUUGUCUUUUUGAGACAGGGUCUCACUGUGCAGUUCAGGCUGGCCUUGAAGCCCAGGCUGGUCUUGAACUCGCAAUGAUCCUCCUGCCUCAGCCUCCCGAGUGCUGGGAUUUCAGGCGUGAGCCACUAUGCUCAGCAGCUCAUUUCUUUUUAAUGCUGAAUAAUAGUCCAUUCCUCAGGUGUAUCACAGUUUACUUAUCUGUUUGACUGCUGAAGAAUGUCUCAAUUUUGGCGUUUAGGAUUAAAGCUGCUAGAAACUUGCUUGUGCAGAUCUUUGUAUCUUUCCAAAUGCUUAUUUGCCACCUAUGUAUGUAUCUUCUUUGAUGAGAUGUCCGUACAGAUCUUUUGAUCAUGUUUUAAUGGAAUUCGUUGACUUCCAGGGAGAUAGUGGAAUCGUGAGCAGUAAAGAAAGAACCUCUGUGAGAUUUGUGUCCAGAUGGUGGGAUAUAACAAUAUAAGGAGGAAAAAGAGGGAAAUGGGUUUCUGGAACACAGCAAAGAUCCAAAGUGAGAAUUAAAGCCCUUGGAGAGAGUGAAGAGAGAGACUUCAACAAAGAAGAAGGAGGUGGCAGGCAGUGCUUUCGCCCUGAGCCCAGACUCACUGUGUGGGAGAGGUGGCUCAAACCCCUUCCCCUACACACACACACACCAUGCAAGUGACAGCUGGGGACCUCAGAGGCCUCCAUGGAGAAAUGCAUGGUGGGACAGAGCAGUGGACACAGCAGACGCCCCCAGGGAGAGGGAGAUGGACUGGUGGUCAUCUUGGAGAGAGGCCACUGAGCUCAGGACUCAGAACAGUUUUGGGCCAGCUCUGUCUGGAGGCUCCCAGUGUCACGAUGAGGCAGAACCGAGUUUAAGUCAGCAGGAGGCACGUGGAACGUUACAGGCCGAGCAAAUUGGAUUCCAGCCUCACAGCCAGAAACCAGGCUGAGCUUCAGUGGUACUGAACAUGCAGGCUUGCUGGGAUUAUCCCCUGACCCACAGUAAAGCUACGACUCACUCGCUGGGUUUAAUCAACUCAGAUCUGGACUCUGUAUGCCCGUUUUAUCUACCAGUGACAAGUGACAUAGAGACAUGCCCUGAAGUAGACAUUUUUUCUUAUUUUCUUAGUUUUGCUUUUUCUUGUUUGCUUUUUUUAUAUGAAUAUGAACAUGGUUUCUAGCUUCUUUGCUGUUGUUCUGUUCUGUUUUUAUUUGCUUUCUUCCUUCCCUCUGUCCUCCUGUCUUCUUCACAGUUUCCCAAAGUUAGCAUAAUCUUUCUUUGUCCUCCAGCCGUGCUUUGAAUCUCUUCCUUUUCUUCUAUUUCUCUAUUUUUCUCCCUAUCCCUUUUAAAAAAUUUUCCCUGACCGGGAGUUAGCUCAGUGGCAUAAGCGCCUGCCUGGCAAGUGUGAGAUCAUGAGUUUAAUCCCUGGUGCAAAAAAAAAAUUCCCCUGAGGGUAAAAUUGCCAUGUUGAGCUGGGGAUUUAGCUCAGCACCCAGCACAAGUGCCUGCCUGGUAAGCUUGAGGUUGUGAGAUUGAUCCCUAGUACCAAAAACAAAACAAAACAAACAAACAAAAAAUUGCCGUAUUGAGAGUUUACCUACUGUGUACAAUUUUCUGGUUCAUUUUACUUAGGGUUUUUUCUUUUUCUUUUCUUUUUUUUUUUGUAUCUGGGAUCAAACUCAUGAUUUCAUACUUGCAAGGCAGGCACUUGUGCUACUGAGCUAAACCCCCAGCCACGGUUCAUUUUAGAGUUUGAUAUAUAGCCACAAGUCUAGUUCAUAUGGCUAAAGGUCGCAAAUCAAUAGUUACCACAGUUUUUUAUUUUCUUUUUUGUUUGUUUGUUUUUUUGCUCUUUGAGACAAGAUCUUGUUAUGCAGUUCACGCUGGCCUUGAGCUCACUUUGUAGCCCAGGCUAGUCUCGAACUCACAAGGAUCCUCUUGCCUCAGUAUCCUGAGUGCUGGGAUUACAGGUGUGAGUGUCACCCAGCUUAUUCUGUUUCGUUUUAUUUGAUUUUUUUUUUCAUACCAGGGAUUGAACUCACAACCACGUGCUUGCAAGGCAGGUGCUUAUGCCAUUGAGCUAAAUCCCCAGCCCUUGUUUUAUCUGAUUUUACUGUGUCUGAGGAGAUGGACUAUAACAAGCUCUAUUAUGGUAGCCACUGUUGAGACCUACUGUCCUGUUUUGAAGUUAUGUACCACUUUCACUGCUUUGUUUUGAUUGGCUUUAUUCUGUUUUCUGUUAUUGGGCUUUAUUCUCCUUAAAAUAUACUUGGGUCUUUUAUUGAAUACCUAUUUUGCAAAUAUUUCCACCUAGUUUGCUUGUCUUGUCAUGAUCCUGAUUGAUUUUUAUUAAUGGUUCAAUGAUUUUUGGACGGGGUUACUAGGGAUCAAACUCGGGACCUUGCACUUGCCAGGCAGGUGCUUUGCUGGUUUUUUCUUCUUUCAAUAAAAGAAGCAUUCUCUUAAAUGUCUGUGAUGUGAUAGCUGUCUGGACCUCACCAGGGCCCUUGUCUAUGAGGGAGUAUGGCUUUUGGCAGGUGAGGCUGGCAGUGUGGGAUCCUCCGCGUGCCCAGAGAGGGCCAGGGCUUGCACACUGUGCUCACCUAAACCGUGUGUCCAUCUCACGUGCAAAGCCUUCAUGACAAUCCGGAACUGUCUUCUUUGGUUUGUAUGAGACUCCUGGAAUAAUAUUGCAUUGUUGUCAUUGUUUUCCAAUUAAAAAACAAUACUGUAGCAAUGUCAGGUAUUUUUUUGGAAAGGACAGAAUGAAUACUCCUAAUCACGCUACCUAAAUAGACUGUUUUGCUUUUCUAGGAAUUUCAUCUGACAAAUAUUGGGCUCAGGCCUGCUCAUGUAUUUUAUUUUAUUUUUUGCUAAAAUUCCCAGGUUGAACUCAAAUUUGCAAUCUUCCAGCCUCAACUUCCUGGAGUUUUAGGAUUACAGGAAUGCACCACCAUGCCUGGUUUAGGCUUUAGCUGCUUUUUUUUUUUUUUGUCUUUUGAGACAGGGUCUCCCUAUGCAAUUCAGGCUGGUCUUGAGUUGACUUUCUAGCCUAGGCUGGUCUUGAACUUUCAAUGAUCUUCCUGCCUCAGCCUCCGAAGUGCUGAGAUUACAGAGUGCCUAGCUCUCUGGCCUUGGCAAUUGAGCCUUAAACUCAGGGCCUUUGUGGUGAGGUAUAUCCCGUCUUUAAAGUUUUUUUUUUUUUAAUUUCAACUUAAAUUCAAUUUUUUUCAGUACUGGGGAUUGAACCCAAAGCAUUCACACAGAACUAAAUCCCUAAUCCUUAUUUAUUUAUUUUUGAGACAGGGUCUUGUUAAAUCUCUAUGUUGCUCAGGCUGGGCUCAAGUUUGAGAUCCUUCUGCCUCAGUCUACCAAAGGGUGGAAUAAUAGGCGUGUGUCACAAUGCAAACUUUUUGGGUGAAUUUUUUAAAAUAACAUUUAUUGGGGCUGGAGAUUUAGCUCAGCAGCAUAAGUGCCUGCCUGACAUCUCGAGGUCACAAGUUUGAUCCCCGGCACCAAUAAGUAAAUAAAUAAAUACUAUUUAUUACAUUCAAAUUUAUCCUCAUUUAUGUAUUUAUUUAGUCCUUUUGAGACGAGUUCUCCCUAUGCAGUUCAGGCUGGCCUUGAAGUCAUUUUGUAGCCCAGGCUGGCCUUGAACUCACAGCAAUCCUCCUGUCUCAGCCUCCCAAGUGCUGAAAUUACAGGUGUGUGCCACCAUGCCCAGCUAUCUUCACUUACUGUAAAUCUAGCUUCUCCUACCAAAGUAUAAGCUGCUUGCUUGUAUUGUCAAUCCCUGGAACAGAUCCUGACGCAUAGUAGGAUUCAGUAGAUAAGAAUCUAACUGAGAAUUCAGUGAACUGCACUUUACAAAUUGGUCACUGACUGCUAUUUUAUCUUCUUAGCUGCUUUUGCAAUAAACAUAACGGAGAGCCCUGUGUGAAGGGGUUUUGGAGGAAGGUUUUAGCAAGGGACGUGGGCUCCUCUUCCACCUGUGUCACUUACUAACUUUGUGAUGUUGCCCAGUGUAUUUAACUUCUCUGAAUUUCAAUGUCCUUACUUGAAAUGAGGUAAUAUUAGUACUUACCUAUCAGGGUUACCAUGAAGAUUAAAUAAAAAACAAAGCCUGUAUGAUGCUAAGCACUGUGACCCCAAAACACAGAAGAGACCAUCUUGCCAGCCUUAUCUCCUCUGCCCCAGGCUCUGGCUGCUCUUAGUAUCUUCUAGAUGCUGGUACACAUAAUUUUCAACAUUGCUCUGCUGGUUACACAAACAUGCUAUUUUAUGAAAAAAUUCAUCAAGCUGCACACUUGUAUACUUUUUUGUCUGAGAGUUAUAAUAGAUAAAAAGUUUGCAACAGCAGUUGCCUAUGAGGUAUGAGACUUUAUAAUGUCCAUUCUACAGAUGAGGCAACUGAUGCUCAACGAAGUUAUGUUCUUGGCUCAAGAUUAUAUAGUAAAUGGUGGGGUGGAGAGUCUGGGCCUGUGCUCUUCCCUCCCCCCCCCCCCCAGUUUUUUGAGACAGAGUCUCACUAUGUAGUUCAGUUGGGCCUUGAACUCACGAUGUAGCCCAGGUGGCCUCAAACUUGCAGCAAUCCUCCUGCCUCAGCCUCCCAAGUACUGGGAUUACAAGUGGGCACCACCAUGGUCAGCAAGCCUGUGCUUUUAACCACAGCUUCUGCCUUGUGCACGGCCUGACCUGUUCCAGCACGCAGUAAACUGUGGGAUUUAUUUAUUUAUUUAUUUAUUUAUUUAUUUUACUGGUACCAGGGAUUGAACUCAUGACCACGUGCUUGCAAGGCAGGCGCUUAUGCCACUGAGCUAAAUCCCCAGCCCCAACUGUGGAAUUUAUUAUUAUCAAUAUUUAACAUCUUUGCUGUUUUGAAUUUUUCCACUUUAACUAAUGCUUCAAAGUGUACCGUUAGAUUUUAGGAUUUUUUUUCUCUGCUCUUGAAUUAUUUCCUCUGGCUAGUAUCCCAAGUAUGGAGUUAACUGGGGGAGCUGGAGCCCAGAAGUUAGAGUGCUUUGCUCGGUGUCACAUCUAAGUAGUGGUGCUCGGUGCAGGGCUGGGCCAUAUAAGUUGCAUAGUUAGUUCACCUUGCAAGGGUCCUGGGUUCCCAGAGGAGGUCCAGCUGGAGCUUGCUCAGGGUCUAACGGCCAGAGGCCAUUCCACAUGACACACGUGGAGCGAGGGAUGAGGUGGUGGAAAAACAAUGAGAAACUGUUCCUUACAUCUCAGUGGCGCUAAAGUUAGGGAAAAGAGGCUAUCAGAAGACAGAUGGAAGGGGAUCCUUCACUCCACAAAUAUUUGCUAAGCUCCUGCUGCAUGGCAGGUGCCGUUCUGGGAGUGGUUUCCCUGUCAUCUUUGUACAGAUAUUUUCUUUGUAUGGGGGGGGGGUGAAAGGGUGGGUAGGAGGUGACAGACAAUUAACGAAGAGAAAUUGAGUAAAACAAUUACAGGUUGUGAUAAAUAUUAGAAAAGAGCUAAGCAGGUGCUGAGUUGGCUUCAUUGAAGUGGUGAUCUCUCAACUGAGCAGAGGAAGAUUGUUUUAGGAAGUAUACAUAGCACAUGCAAAGGCCCAGGGGUGUGGGUAGGAUGCUGGGCAGCAAGCAUUCAAAGCAAAGCAGAAGAGAAUUUUGAGGGGUUGUAAGUUCAGAAGUCCUUUCAACAGUCUUGAGCAAGGGGAUCUUCCUUUCACCCCAGCCUGAUGUUUCUUCGGAGUUCCCAUAAUUUUCCAUGUGCCUGCUGGCCAAGCUCAUAGAGCGGUCACCAGGAAGACAUGUGCCUUUCCAAGCAGCCCUUCCUCCCAUGCUCCUCUGGGUCUCUGUACUCAGUACUCAUUGUUACCUAGCACCUUAUUUCUUCGUUGGUCUCUUCUUGGUGACACUUCCCUGCCACCUUCUUGGACCAGGGGGCAGCCAGGGCCAUGGAGCAACAGGCUCAGACCCAGGGUCCGAUCCCAGCUCUGCCAUUCAGUUACCAGCAUGGGACCGGGCGAAAUGCCCGGUCUGGAGGAGCUGUGCCUUGAGGGUGGCUGGAGUCAAAAGGGAUAUGACAUCAGUGGCACAGCUGGCAUGCGGUAGGCAUUUGAUAAAUGACAGAACCUUGCCCUUUCCCUACCAGUAAGGGACUGUCUUCUUGUUUUCGUAGCUUGGCUCUUUAUAUAUAUGAAGCAAAGAGACGGGUAAAGUUUUAGGGGUCUGCUCCCAAAAUAGCUCUCUGAAGGAAUACAAAUCCUCCAACUACCUCUGCUUUGAAGACUUUUAUUUUAUUUUAUUUUUUGGUACCAGGGAUCGAACUCAUGAGCUCACAGUUGCCAAGGCCAGGUGUUUAUGCCGCCAAGCUGAACCCCCGGCCCUGAAGACUUUUAAGAGGAUAGCUGAAUUUAUAACAUAAUCUUGGUCAUUAACUGAGAAUUUACUGCCUUCUGGGCUCUGUCCUAAGCACUUCCUUUUUUUUUUUGUCUUUUGGAGACAGGGUCUCACUAUGUAGUUCAGGCUGGCCUUGAGCUCACUUUGUUGCCCAGGCUGGUCUCAAAUUCCCAACAAUCCUCCUGCCUCAGCCUCUCCACUGCUGGGAUUUACAGGCAUGAGCCACCACGCCCGGCUGUGCUAAGCGCUGUCUGCUUUCAUGUGUCCUCUCUGUCACAACCCUGUGGAGGAAGUUCCACUGUCAUCCCCAUUUUACAGUUUAGGGAACCAACGCCCAGAAAAGUGAAUUGACUGGCUUCAGGGCACCCAGCUAGCUAAGGAAUGAAACAGACAGGUUUCAUUCUGGUACCCCAAACCUGUGUAGCCAAUCACAGACUACGCCACCUCAAGCCCACCUGGCACAGGUCAGGAGAGAGGACCAGUUUCAUUUCCACUACAACAGGAACUCCUGAGAGCUGUGUCAGCUUCAAAGAGUCCCAUUUAGACAGGACACGGAGUCAGGCCCCAAAUCUGCCCAGGCAGAGAAAGCGGGAGGUGUGAGACCUUGGGGUGGCCCAGACCCUCCCUGGAGCUGGAGGCUUCUCCAGGGCAACAAACAGGACCAGAAGCACCAGCGGUGCUUUCAAUACAACACCGAGCCUGAGUCACGGAGUAUUUAUAGCCAGCCUGCUUUUCUCUCCUCCUGCGCUGCCAGAGCUUAUUAAGUUCACUUGGGGCUUGGAGGGUGACAACCUGUUUAUCAUCCAAGGUGCCCAAGCAACUGUUGAGACAUCCUCUGAGAGUGAGGUUUGGUAGCCGGCCCGUGUUCAGACCUGACCUGACCCCUGCCCCACCCGGCUGAGGCAACUGUCUCCAUCCCCAGCUUGAUUGUUGUAGCUCCCCCAACACGCCCCGCACCCUGCCUCCAGCUCAGGCUUUGUUAACAUGAGACAGAAUGCUGCUUUCUCCAGGAAGCCACCCUGGCUUAAUUGGGGAAGGUUACAAAAUUUCCUGGCCCCGCUGCUCCUAGAAAAUGAAACUUCUCAUCAGUUAGAUAAUUAAACCAAUCUUAACGUUUCCAAGGGCCUGGCAUGGUGGUGCACUCCUGUAAUCCCAGCACUCAGGAGGCAGAGGCAGAAGCAUCAUUGUGAGUUCGAGACCAGCCUGGGCUACAAAGUGAGCUCAAGGCCAGCCUGAAUUGUAUAGCAAGACCCUGUCUCAAAAAGACAAACAAACAAAUAAACACCCCCAAAACAGGGCCGGGUUCAAAAGCUGAGUCUUGGGUUUCAGAGUCCAAGCUGUAGGUGAGUUUGGGCAAGUUACUUCCCCUUGAGCCUCAGUUUCCUUACCUGUAAAAUGGAGACAUUGCUAUCUACUCACCAGGGUGAGGACUGAACUAACCUGCACACAGGAAGGUCUCAGCCUCUGACUACUGUCUCUCACUCCUUUGACAAUCAGUAACUUGUCAAGAAUAACCUACCAUGGCUGACUUGGGCUUCUGGGAUUUGAACCUAGGAGCCAGGCUGUUUUCUGUCCUCCAUCUUUGUGGCUCUUUGGUACCCAGGCUGAAGUCGCGAAGGACUCAGAACCCAGGGGCUGGGUAGGUAGCUGAGGAAGGAGGAGAAAAAGGAGCAUGAGUUGGGGUGUUGGGGAGGGGGCAGCAGCGUGCAGAGGCAGGCAGCCUGACCUGGCUCUACCCAGGACCCAUUCCAGCUGGCCUCCAGGCUGCUGGGAGCUGGAACCUGAGGUGUCAGUGCUGAAUUCACAGAACGGCCCCUGGGGCCAGAGUUAGUGCCCGAGCUCUGACCUCAGCUGUGGUGAGGCUGCCCGUCCUGGGCUGCAGCUGCCUUUGUGACUCCUGCAUCUUUGUGCCGAGUGUCCUGUUCUCAGCCAUCCUCACUGCCCCCUCCCCAGGCAAGUGUGGGUGUCCUGUGGGCUCCGUGAUGGCUCGGGGUCCCUGGCUUAGGGGUGUGCUCCUCCUGCUCUCUCCCACCGCUGGGACCAUCAGGACUGGGCUAGUGGGCUGGGGCUUCUGUCCUCAUCUCCCUGCAGGGCUUUUGCUCCUUUUGUCCAGGUCUUGACCGGGUUGGGUCAUUCUAAGGGCCCAGCUCUUUUGACUACUCUGUUCCUGAUGGCCCAGCCCCAGCCCUGCAGAAGUGAGGGCCCAGCCCUGCUCUGCAGAAUUCUGGUUUCUCCUUGGGGUUCAUUAAAAGCCUAGUGAAGCAGCUCGGACCCUUUGGGCCCAGAUCCAUUAAGAAAAGUGGCUUUUUAACAGUUUAAGAGAUUUCUUUCCAGCCAUUUUUUUAUGCCUCUAUAACAUUUUUGGUUGACUUAUCUAUUUAUAUACCCACACACAAUCAUGUUUUUAAUAGAGUAGAAUCUCCUUCCAUAUAAUUGAUGUGUAUCUUUCUGUUUGUGUCUAAUGAUAUAUACUAGCAUCUUUUCUUUUUUCUUUCUUUCUUUUUUUUUUUUUGUCUUUUUCCUUUUUAUCGGUACCAGGGAUCGAACUCACGACUGCCUGCUUGCAAGGCAGGCACUUAUGCCGCUGAGAUAAACCCCCAGCCCCGCUAGCAUCUUUUCUAUUGGUAGGAAAAACACAUUACUUUUUAAAACUGCAGGAUGAAUAUAUUUGUAUAUUUCUACAUAUAUAGUUGUAAUGUUUAUUAGGGUCUGCUUUUGAUUGUUUUGAUAAACUUCUUUCUGGAGGGCAGUUUGAGAAAGAGUUUCAUUAUAGCUCAGGCUGCCCUCAAGUUUGCUACAUAGCCAGAUGUGGUGGCUCACACCUGUAAUCCCAGCACUCAGGAGGCCAAGGCAGGAGGAUCGUUGCAAUUCUGAGACCAGCCUAGGCUACAAAGUCAGCUCAAGGCCAGCCCCAACUGCAUAGAGAGACUUUGUCUCAAAAAGACAAAAAAAAAAAAAAAAAAAAAAAAAAAAAUUGUUACAUAGCAGAGGCUACAAAUCUUCCUGCCUCAGCCUUCCAAAUGUUGGGUUUAUAGGCCUGUGCUGCAUGCUAACCUUUUCUCAAGUAUAAUUCCUAACUGGAUGGUUCAGGAGCUCUCCCAAGGUGAACGUGCCUGGGUAACCCACACCUAGUUCAUGACAUUAGCACAUUGCCGGCUGUGACCGAGGGUAGCCUCUGUUCUGACUUCUAGCAGCUCGAAUGAGUUUGCCUUUUUUUGAACAUUACAGGAACAGGAUUAUACAAGAUGUACUCUUUGGCUCAACAUUCUGUUUGUGAGUUUCAUCUACAGUGUCACAUGCAGCAGUCUGUUUAUUCUAAUUCUGUAUAAUCUUCCACUGUGUGACCAUUUAUUUAUAUGUCCAUUGAUGAGAACUUAGGUUUAUUUCCAGGUUUUACUAUUACAAACAAUACUGAAAAAAAAAUCCUAGCACAGGGUCAUGAUACCAAAAAAAAAAAAAAAAAAUUAUUUAUAGGGCUGGGGAUUUAGCUCAGCGGCAUAAGCACCUGCCUUGCAAGCACAGUCAUGAGUUCGAUCCCCGGUACACAUAAAAAAAAAAAUCCUUGUGAGUAAAGAAAUCAGUAUGCCUGCAUAUGUCUGCAAUUAACCAGGCACGACAGCACACAUCUGUAAUUUCAGCACUGAAGAGGCUGAGGUAGGAGUGUUCUCGUGAGUUUGAGGCCAGCCUGAACUGCAUAAUGAGAUUUGCCUAAAAAAAUCAAAUCAAAUCAAUCAAUCAAUAAAUAAGACAAUACAAAUUUUGAAAAAUCUAUUAUCAUUCAAUUCAUCUAUCCAUUUCUUUCUGUCAUCUUUCUAGCUUGAUAUGCUAGAUUCUUCAAAGUAUAAUUACUAAGGGGCUGGGGAUUUAGCUCAGUGGCAUAAGCGCCUGCCUUGGAAGCAGGCAGUCAUGAGUUCGAUCCCCGGUACCGACAAAAAAAAGUAUAAUUACUGAGUCAUGUAUAUGAAUGUUUUACAUUUUGACUUUAUUACAUUGUAAAUCACGCCCCCCCCCCCAAGAUCAAGAAGAGAGACGAUGUCCAUAUCCCUACCCUUCCCCAAACUCGGAAAUUUUUAAUCUCUAAUCUGUCAAUCUAGUAGAAGAAAAACUGGGUUUUAUUGUUUUUUUUAUGUGAUUAUGGGGGGACUGACAUUUAUUCUUUUGUGAAUUGCCUUUUUGUAUCCUUUUCUUGUUCUUAAAAUUUAUUCAAGGCCAUGGACUCUUGGCCUUUACACGUGUUCCUCAUGUUUUUUCCCCAGCCAGUUACUUGUCUUUUAGCUUUGUUUAUGGAGCAACUGCCGGUUUAAAUAUAGUCUGUUUUCCUCCUGCCCAGUGUUUAUGAUCCAGACACUCCCCCAGGGUGUGUGGGGCAAGCCCUAGGUUCAAGUCGGUGGGGCAGCAAGAGCAGCAAGUCCUGAACCCCAAGACUGUCUCUCCAGGUUACAAGCAAAGGGACACCAGGGUCAGCAGCAAGACCCUGGCCUGGAUUCUGCCCGAUGCUUCCUCCAGUCUUGUCAUCAGCUCUUCCCAGUGCCAUCUGAGAGUCCCUGCCAGGCCUGAGGCCAGGGCGGUGUCAUGGGGAGAGAGAGAGGGAAAGAUCAAGACCAAGCCCUGAGCCACCCAGAUUUAAUGCCUGCAUCCGUCUGCUCAGCUGCCAUCCCAAAAUACCACAGAUUGCGUGAAUUCAACAACUGAAAUUUAUUUCUCCCAGUUCUGGAGGCUGGAAAGUUAAAACUGAAGGUGCCAGUGAGGGGUGCCCCCUUCUGAGGCCUUUUCUCUUGGCUUCAGGAGGCUGCCAUCCGGCUAUGUGCCGCUGCUUAUGUGUGCAUGGAGGGGGAGGGCAGGCUCUCCUGUGUUCUUUCUCAUAAGGACGCUUCCCUUUGUACCAGGAUUCUAUUGUCACAAUCUCACAAACCUUAAUUACCUCUGGAAGGCCUCAUCUCCAUGUAGCAUCACAUUGGGAGUUAGAUCUUUCAUAUAAGAAUUUGGGAGGAACACAAAAAUUCAGCCCCCCCCCCAAAAAAAAAUUUAGCCCGUACUUAUGUCCUGGAUCAUUCCCUAGAGGUGUAACUUGGAUAAGUGACCUAAUCUGUCAGUGAUGGUUUCCUCAUCUAUAAAAUGGGGAUGAUAAUGAUACAGGGCUCGUGAAUUAAUAAAUUAUUUAAUAUCAUAAAAUAUUUUGGACAGACUGAUCACUAGCCUCCAUCAUAAUCCUUGCCUCUCGGUACUUAUGGCCUUCCAUAAACACAUUGUAUCGUGGUUGGUCUGGAGAGUAGAAAGGAGAAUGCAGUUAAAAUGACAGUGCAUGACCUCUAAACUAGGUCAUAGAAGACACUGCCAUUCUUCCUGGCUCCUUUGGAUCACUUGUGUGAGGAAAGCCAAGCACCAUGUUAUGGGGAUGCUCACGUAGCCUUGUGGAGAGGUACAGGGCUGAUCAUAUGCAUGCGCCAUCUUGGAAGUGGAUUCUCCAGCUCCAGUCAAGCACCAGCCAACAUCUUGACCAUGACUUCCUUAGAGAUCCUAAGCCAGAUGCACACAGCUUAGCUGCUCUUGAGUUCCUGACCCACAGAAACUGCGUGAGAUAAUAAAUGUUGGUUAUUGUUGAAAAUGUUAAGUUUUGGGAUAGUCGGUUAAGCGGCAACAGAUAACCCACAGAUGGCGGGUGUACAGGUGUCAUGGCAGGUCCCUGUCAUCCCAGCUACUUGGAUGGUUGAAGCAGGAGGGUCACUUGAGCCCAGGAGUUCAAAAACAGAUUUGUCAGCAUAGUGAGUAUCUGUCAAAAACAAAACCAAACAGGCCAUCCUCUGGCCAAGGACGCCUUCCUUCACCCCAACCGUCUACCUGCCCACUGGUGUCCCUGACAGUGGUCACAGCCCCCCAGCUGUGUGUGAAUGCAACAGCCAGUGACUGAGUGAAAAACCAGGCCUCAUGGGAAAUACUGAGCAGAGGUUGGAGAACUGCUUCUCAAGAACUCAGGAACUCAGGCAUCAGAAAAGGUGGCUCAUAAAUAAUACCAAAAGAAUAUGGCUUCACAGAUACCAGAAUCUGAUCAGAUAAAACAGUUUGAGGAAUCCUUGGGAACCUACAGUAAACAUACAGAAACUUGCUUUCUGGACUGUGUUAAGGACUUCACAACAAGAGAAGUAAAACCUGAAGAGAUCACCUGCUCAAAAUAUUGCUUACAGAAAUACUUUAACAUGAUGCAAAGAAUAUCUAUGAGAUUUCAGGAAUCCCAUAUUCAGCAGAACAAAGCCCUGGCAGCUAAAGUGAGACUUCUUGGCCAGCCGAGACAGAGGAGUCCCAGUGGAUGACUCUGAGAGGAGGCCUCCAUAGGUGUUGGGCUGGGAAAGAGGACCCAUCUGUGGAAUCCCUGGAAGCUGUGGGCACCAUGUUAAGCAUCUGUCAUGACUAUUCAGCAAAUGGAAACCACUGGAAAACCAAAACUGCUGCUCACCAGGAAUAAUCAAAAUAAAAGGUCUUAUUGUUCAGUGAAAAUAGUAAGAUGCAACCUUUGUUGGGGCCUUGAGAUUCAGCCACUUGGUCGCUUUAUUAGAAAGACAAGCCACUGUUUCCUCACUUACGACUGUUAAAUUUAAAGCAAAAUAUUCAACCAUGUAAGAGCAGAAAUUUGUUAUUGAAAGUGAAAUAAAUGGAAAAUAUUACUGA